AUGGAAGUCGGUUUGAAGAAAUUCGAGGAGACCGAGAUCUUUGAUUUUGGGCGACCCAUUUACAACGCGCUCAAGAGCACUCUCCAGCAUCCAGCCGAACCAAAGGUGAUUGGCGCCAAACUUGCCAAAGACAUCACAUCCAUCUGUGAAGCAGGAAUCGAGAACGUUGCCGACGUUAUUCCAUACGUAUGGACGGUAAUCAUUCAGAUGUCCCGCCACGUUUCACCGGAUCACCCAUGGCAAGACUGUUUGGUCCAAGCAGUAGACAAUCUUCGCCAGCAAGAAGGCGCUGUUCCUGGCAUGAAAGGCGGACUGUGGAAAGAUCUUCCCUAUCUUUCCUUGCGCAUGAGAGAACUCUGGAAUGACCCAACUGAGAUUAAUGACGAAGAGUUUUCUGAAGAACUGAUCGAUGACUUCGUUCAGUGGAAGAAUCAGAACUCGUUCGCUGCCCGCCUUACGGGUCCGUCGUUUGCUCCGUGGAUGACUUUCCCCAUCUGGCAACUCCGUGACGCACUCGAACAGCAGCCGGCGAAAGGUCCGCUGCAGGAAUGCCGAGUUUGGGUGGCAUGCGAGUGGAUACUCCGCCGCGCAGAACUAAUCUUCGAGGUUAUGACCUCGGGUGAUGGUCCGGACGAUGCGCUCAAGACAGGUCCGCUCUGUGGCGAAGGUAUUCCUCAGCUCAGCAUCGAACGAUGGGACUUCUGGAAGAAACGACUCGGCGAGAUUGCCGCCGACGCCGAGAACCUGAAGCUCGAACGUCCUAUCCUCGGUCGAAUCUCCGACACCAUCGAGAGAAUGGAAGCUGUUCAGAAGUAG